AUGGCUAUGUUGUUGAGACGAGCGGUUUCGAGUCGAAAUGUGAUUGCUUUUCUGAGGAGGAGCUCCUCCUUUGUUCAAUCUCGCGACUUGUCUCACAAGACCCUCUUUCCUCCCCCCAAUCAUCCGAGAGCCCGAGAUUUGGAAAUCGAUUUGUCAUUGCCCGAUUUUCUCAGGGAUUCUCGUCGAGGCUUCGCCAAAGGCAAAAAAUCAAAGGAUGAUUCAGCAUCGGGUUUGGUGGACGCAACUCCAGAUAUGGGGCCUAGGGUGAAAGCAGCAGCCACUUCCCAGAUGGAGGCAGCCAUCGAUGCCUUGUCCCGUGAUUUAACUAAAAUCAGAACUGGAAGAGCUGCUCCAGGAAUGCUGGAUCAUAUUAUUGUUGAAACCGGAGGAGUUAAGGUGCCACUGAAUCACUUGGCUUUGGUUUCUGUGCUUGAUCCUAAGACUUUGUCUGUCAAUCCUUAUGAUCCCGAUACGGUGAAAGAACUGGAGAAAGCAAUUGUCGCGUCGCCGUUAGGAUUAAACCCCAAACUGGAUGGCCAGCGACUUGUCGCAUCUAUCCCAGCAUUGACCAAGGAGCAUACUCAGGCAAUGUGCAAGAUUGUAACCAAGUCCAGUGAAGUUGUCAAACAAAGCAUCAGAAGAUCGAGGCAGAAGGCACUGGACACGAUAAAGAAAGCAGGGUCGAGCCUACCAAAGGAUGAAGUGAAAAGACUGGAAAAGGAAGUGGAAGAGUUGACGAAGAAGUUUGUAAAGUCAGCAGAGGACAUGUGCAAGUCCAAAGAAAAAGAGAUCACUCAAGCCUGA